GUCUUGAGUGUCACACCCAAACCACAAAGAUGUGCCAACAAUGCAAAACAAUUUUAUGUGAUUCUUGCUUCAAUAAGUCACAUAAGAACUUUGUUAUAUUUAAGAACCAUGAACUCAAGAGUAUUGAGCAAAUAAUAUAGCCUAACAACUGUAAGAUCCACAAAGGCAAGCCUCUGGACUACUACUGCCAGGAGUGUCACAAGGCCAUCUGCAUGGUGUGCCUGAUGGUGGGCGGCGACAAGUCCUGCAAGAACCAUAAUGUUGUCUCCAUGCAAGAAAUUAAUGAUAACUUCUUGGAAGAUAUAAUUGAUAUAACACCAAAAGUUGAUGAGACCUAUAAGAGACUUACAAAAACAGCUGUGGAUGUCGGACAUCUUCUUCAUAACAUAGAAAACGAGACUACCUCAUCUGAACUGACACAAAUGUUGGCUGACGUAAAACAACACUUCUCCAAACUGGCUGCUGCCAUACAGAAACACGAAAAAGAGGUUGUCGAUAUUAUAGUUAAACUCAAAUGCUCAGAAAGAGAGUCGCUACACAAAGCUAAAGAUGACCUUGCCAAUGGGAUUAAAAAGGCUAAAACUGUUCUUCAUACAAUCAAUUCUUGCUCAAAUCCUGUGAAAGCGAAGCAGAUGAAUUUGUCAGUUCUACUAGAUGAAGCCAAGCAGAUUGUGGAAAUGCCUUGGUAUUUGAGCAGAGAUGAAUCUACAGACCCUCUCAAAGUGGCAGUGAAUGAAGACGUAUGCACAUUGGUGAGCGAUUACAUCCACCUGGAAGGCAAUGCCAACACUGUGUACAAGCUCCGCCGUACAGCUGAUCUGGCCGAGGGCGUGGAGAUACCGCCGCCGCCGCCCGCGCCUGUCUACCCGCCAGAACUACCCAAAGAUGUAAGACUGAUGGGACAAUCGGGGUCUGACAAGGUUCCACCGAAGGCGAUGCAGCCGCCAGGGUUCUACAAGAGCAAGCCCAAGUACCGCACUAAAAGUGGCUCCGUGUCUUCGCUCAACUCGAUUCAGAGCGAUUGUUCUGACAGCAAUACUGGAUAUGUGGGCGAAGGGUUCCAAAACUAUCAGAGGCCCGUGGUACAGUCAGUCCAACCUUUUGCAGAGAGCCAACAUCCCAAACAACUCCAUGAAGGUUCCCAAGAGUUGAUCUACAUAUCGCACAUUGUGGACCCUCACAACUUCUUCGUUCAGCGCUCGUGCCACCAGGGGCUGGUGAAGGAAAUGCUGCGAGAGUUCAGAAACGCCUCCACACUGCCCAAACCGUCACUCAACCACGUAGCCGAAGGCAAAGUGUACCUAGUAUUUAACAAGGCAGAUAACAUGUGGCAGCGAUGCCGAGUGGUCACCAUUAACAGAAAAGACAACAAGAAUCCGACCUUCCUCGUGUUCUGCAUCGAUUUCGGCAGCACAGAGACUGUAACCAUUGAAAAAUUGCGCCUACUCCCGCCGGCGCGAGUUCAGUCGCCGUAUCCUCUCGCAAUCAACUGCUCGUUGGCAAACUGCGAACCCAAGAUAAGUUCGUGGACAAGCGACGACGCCUACCUUAUCCAAAACAUCGUUGACAACAAGCAAGCGGUAAUCCACGUGCGCCACAUCCGCUCGACGUCCAACUUCACGGUGACGCUGGAAGUGGACGUGACCACCUUCGAAGACGGUAUCAGUCUUGCGCAUGCGCUGGUCUUCCACGAGCGCGCGAGGAUGCCCCGGCCGAAAUUACCGUAUCCGAAGAUAAACGCCGUGAUGGAACGUCCGAAAAUAUUCUUGAGCAACAACGACUUGAAGCCGAAAUCCGUGGAAGAAGUUUUCAUCACCCACAUUGUUAGCCCGGACAAGUUCUUUGUUAGAAAGCGCCAUCUUAUGCAGGUCUUUGACAAACUUUGUGAAGAGUUGGACCAGGAGUAUAGCAACUCAAAUACGGGAACGGUUUAUCUGCCGGAAAUCGGCAUGUCUUGCGUGGUAAACGUGGAGAAGUCCCCGGAGGCCGUGGCGGGUGCGGGCGUGGGGGGCGGCGGGCGCUGGGUGCGCGGCGUGGUGAGCGAGUGCCCCGGCCGCGGCCGCGUGCGCCUGCAGCUGCCCGACACCGGCGCGGCACUGCUCGUGCACUGGACCGCGCUCAGGCACAUCCUGCCGCAGUACACCACGCAGCGCGCGCUCGCAACGGAGGUCCACCUAGCGGGUGUGACUCCCCUAAACAAGAAGUGGAGCCCUGCGUCGGUGGCGCUACUACAACGCUUCCAAGAGCGGCCGCUGCGCCUGCACGUGGAGGAGGCGCGGCGCGGCUCGCCCGGCGUCACGCUGUAUGACGCUUCCGACCCCGAUGAGGAGGUCUGCGUCAACACGCAACUCAUCAAACACAAGUUUGCCGUCACUUUCGGUCUUUUCAUGUUCAACAAAAACUCCGUGGAAGACCAAGUAUUUACUAACAAAUCGCCUUUGGAAGAACCGAAACAGAGACCAAAACCUGCAGGACAGAUACAAGUGCUGCAGAGGAAAGCACCUAACAAACUUAAUGAGAAGGAACUUGACGCGAAAGAUAAGGGGCCGCUGCGAUUAGAGGCCAAAGUUCUGCAUUACCACUCACCAUCCCUGUUAUACAUCUCAUUGGUGCAUCAGCAGAAGGCAUUCAGCGAACUGUUCGAGGAAAUCCAAAAGCAUUACUCUAAAAAGAAGACUCAAGGUAAGGAGGAGUGGGCAGUGGGCGACCGCUGCUGUACCUUCUGCCAGCAAUCGCAAACAUGGAGACGCGCGGUGAUCGUCGAGCUCCAGGGGGAAAACGCUAAAGUUUUCUAUUCCGAUUUUGCUUGCGUUGAAACAGUGCCGCUUGCCAGUUUGAAAGAACUGACUACGGAAUUUACAAUAGGAGACGCGGCGAUCAAAUGCCAUUUAUCUGGCAUCGUUCCCGCUGAUGGAGGCGAGGAAUGGCCAACUAUAACUAAGGAAUAUUUGAAGGAGUUACUCGACGCGUAUCCAAGAGUGUUUGUGACGAAAUUAGGGGACUUUAAAAACAAGAGUAUGCCGGUGGAAGUGUGGGUAUACCACACCAUUCAAGGAGGCGCGCUGGAACCCAACAAAUCGGAAUGGCGCUGUCUCAACAAGAAGAUAAUUGAACAAGGUCUCGGCAUCCCGGAUAAAACUCAAGAGGCCUCCAGCAGCACAGAGGGUACGAAGAACGACAUGUUGUCAUUCUUGAAGAAUGUGACUGGAUCCGUAGACGAGUGGCUGCAGUUAGAACCGGUGCCUAUGAAGCCCGUCUCCAAGUCUGACACUCCCACAAAUUCCAGCUCUCCCAUGGACGAAGAGGACGAGAACACUCCGAACGAGCUGGCCGACGUGUCAGAUACCGUGUUCAUUACUGACUGGCUGCCACCUGAACCUCUACCCUGCAAGGAGUUCACCGCCAUGCCGACAUACAUAGACAACGACGGCCUAAUUUAUUUACAUGACAUGACACAACAGGACACGUUAGAUCUUAUUCGCAAGGCGCUGGACGUCCGUUUCAAAUCCCCAGAUCCAAAGGCAAAGUACGCCAAAUGGACGGUCGGGGAACCCUGCAUUGCAAUGUACUACCUGGACAACCGCUUCUACCGCGGCCGCGUGCUCGAAGUCAACCCGGACACCUCUAGCUGCAUCAUACAUUACAUAGACUAUGGUAACGAGGAGAACUGCUCCUUUGAAAACAUGAGGAAAAGUAUCGCCCUUUACCAAAUCCCGACACAAGCUCACAAAUGCUCCCUCAGCAGGAUACGGCCGGUCGGUGUGCAAUGGGACCGCCAAACUCUAGACUACAUUCAUAAAUCUAUUGUAGAGAAGCAUUGCUUCGUUAAAGUCGUAGGAGAACCGGUCGAAGGCGUGGUACCUAUAGAACUCAAAUAUGAUAAGCUGUGGAUCAACGACCACCUAGUUGAUUUUGAGAUGGCUGUAUAUACUGACGGUUCUAAAGCAGUGGUGAGGAAAUUUUCAGCAAAUAAGAAAAACAAAGUACUCGAAGUACCCAUUGUUAUCGAACACGACUCUUCCGGUCCCGAUUACAUAAUUGAAGAAGAAAUCGAUAUCAAAACAAUGGAAGGCAAAGAUUGGAAUGCAUUGAUAGAAGAUGAAGAGACCAAUUCGAUUGUGGGUAAAUUUUGUACCUAUCCAAAGAAUAAUCUGAAGGAAUUCCUAUGUAACAUUGUCAUAAUCAAUGACGUUAGGACUUUGGAACUUACCAUUAUUCACAAUGAUGAAACUAACAUUAUCUAUGAAGAAAUGUUUGAGAGGAUACAGCAAGAGGGUCCCAACUUGCCGCCCUUGAACGGAAUAUAUGAGCACAAGGCGUGCAUUGCUCUGUUCCCUGAAGACGGCCGGUGGUAUAGAGCGUCUAUUCUGCAACACAGUGAGAGUAAGGGACGGUUGAAAGUAAAGUACGUGGACUACGGCAAUAUCGAUAUCAUCUCCUUAGCGGACGCGCGAGAGAUCUCAGAUGAGUGGACAGAGUUGCCCACAGGGACCAUCACGGCACAGCUGAGCGGCGUGACUAUAAAUCCCGAAAUAGAAGUAAGUGUCCUCUCAGAAAUUUAUGCAAAAACAUUCCUUGAUAAAGGACCUUUUUGUGGAAAAGUUAUUUACUAUGAAAAUGAUAUACCAAAUGUUGAGUUACGUAACGAUUCUGAUGAAUUGGUAUACGAAGACCUGAUCCAAAAAGGUAUAUUCCUAAAAGUUGAUUAUUCCGUUGCUGGUUGAUAUUUGUUGUUUGAACAAUUUUGUUUUCUUUUAUUUUUCGUUUUUAAAGUGUUUCAAAUACACGCUAAAUAUUUAGUUGUGGGCACUUAAUCUGUUAUAGUUGAUUAAAAUCCUGUUAUUUCUUAUCUUUCAUUAGAUUAGUUUUAAGUCCUAUACUUUUAUGUGAAGGUAAUCACGCCGUAUUUUGAUUUUUAAGUGUAAAAGUUUAUUCAAAUAAACUAAAUGACAUAUAGA